CACAGACGUCGCGACAACCCACUUUCCCCCUGCAUCCUUGUUUACUGCUCGGCUCGAUCUCAACUCUCUCUCUCUCUCUCUCAGCAGGAGGGCAGAGAAUAAGGAGGAGGAGGUGGUGAGCACUGUUGAGUAGCUUCACAGUCGUCAUGACGAUAUCACACCCGUCCAUCUUCAGAGCUAUCUUCCCGUUGCCGCGGUGACCUGAUCCCACUACAUCUCCCCUCCUCUUUAGGAUCCGGAUUGGGCUGAAAGAGGACACGGAUUACGGAUUUCCCCGGAGACAGCUUGUUGAUGAGAAAACAGAUCUCAAACACAGGGACGCGGAGCAGAGGACGGGAAAGUGAGCCGUGCUGGGAAUGCUGUGGGAGUAACAUCGGGAAGCGUUGCCUGGAAACAGCAGCAUGCCAGUACAACAGAUAACUGUGGUUCCGACCAAGGAAACUGCCAGCAAUGGUAAAAGCUCUAGUCGUUCAAAGGAUAAAACGGAGGGGAGGAAGGCCCCCGGCCGCUCAGGGAGUCGAUCCAGCAACAUCUCCAAGGCCAGCAACUCCACAGCAGGACCAGCUACAGCCUCAAGAACAUCGAUCACCCCGUCCUCUCAGGACAUUUGCAGCUCUAGCCAGCUGACCCAUGUAGAGGAGGAUGUCUCUGAGUCUCAGAAACCUGAGAAUCCCACCCACAGCUCUGUGAUGAGCGUCACCAACACGACUCUGGGCUCGGCCGCUCCGGCCCAGAAGAAGCAGGUGAAGCGCCGCCACCGCCGCAAGAAGAGCAGCUGCUCCCCAGACUCGGUGGAAACCAACAGCAAACCGGAGCACAGCGAGCGCAGCCUCAGCUCUGACCGCAGCGAGCUCGGGGAGAAGAAGGAAUGGACGGCCAAGACCCGGAGAGAGCUCCCCCCUCGCCUCCGCACCGCAGGGGGCCCGCCCUCUGACUCCACCUCUGAGGAGGAGGCAGGGCGAGAGGACCGCAGCUGGAGCAAAGAGAAAGCCCGAAGAGUGAGGCGCCGCAGCGGAAGCAGCCGGGAGAGGGAUGGAGCCGAGGGGAAAGAAGAAGAAGACAAGGUGAUGGAGCUGCAGUCGGUGUGCUCUGAUGAAAGGAAGGAGAGCCUGCCGCUGGUGGAGGAGAGCGCCGGGCUGAAGAAACGCAGCAGCAGCAGCCGGGCCUCCGCGAAGAGAGACGAGCACGCCUCACAGAGAGAAGGCUCACAGAGAGAAGGCUCACAGAGCAAGGAGAAGAGCUCCAAGUCAGACUCCUCCUCACUGUCCGCGGACGGAGAGGAGCUCAUCAACAAGAGAUACCAGGAGAAAGGGGCAGGGGGGGGCGACAUGUCAGUGCCCACACCUCAGAAUCACUGUGCUAUGAACGGAAGCACACAGGCGUACUCUGACGACUCUGAUACGGAGGUCUGCAGGAUCUGCCACUGUGAGGGGGAUGACGAGAGCGCCUUAAUAACGCCUUGUCGCUGCACGGGGAGUCUGAGUUUCGUGCACCAGUUCUGUCUCAACCAGUGGAUCAGGUCCUCGGACACUCGCUGCUGUGAACUCUGCAAGUUUGACUUCGUCAUGGACAUGACGCUCAAACCUUUGUGCAUGUGGGAGAGGCUAAACAUGUCAAAGGCCGAGAGGAGGAAGAUCUUCUUCUCGGUGGUCUUUCACCUGCUAGCAGUAACGUGUAUGAUGUUGUCAGUCUUCGUUCUGGCCAUGAGAACCUCAGAAGAGAUCAAAAUUGGGAGGAACGACGAAUUAUGGAGAGUUUCUCUAUUGAAGUACUACACGUACACGCCAGGUGGUGUGCUCGAGUGGCCCUUCUGGACGAAGCUGAUCCUGGUGGCUCUCGGCCUCACAGGCGGCCUCAUCUUCAUGUACAUCCAGUGUAAAGUCUACCUGCAGCUGUGGCGCCGCCUCAAGGCCUUCAACCGCAUCAUCACGGUGCAGAACUGCCCUGAGAAGGACGUGCACCACCCUCCGCCCCGACACAGCACCCUGACCAACGGCAGGCAGGGGACGGUGGAGGUCCCCAUCAGCCCGGCUCCAGAGGCUCAGCAGUCGGACUCUGAGAUGUCGGUGGAGGAUGCGGUGGCGCCGGCACAAAACCCUGUCUGACAAAAUCUGCCCACGCUCACAAAGAGUCCAGAAUCACACGCUGCUCAUCACACACGGUGAGCAGAGCGUGGUUUUUAAUGUAGACCUCAGCGAUGUUCAUUUCUGCUCCGUGAUGACUGAUCUGGAGUCAGGAACUGAUUUAAUCUCCUUCAGGGUCCACUGAAAAGCUAAAGGGACUCAGAUGUGCAAAGUAACAAAGAGAAGAGUAGGUGAGGAGAUGUGAAGGAAAAUAAAGCCACCUGCGAGAGAUUCCGUAAAGACGUCAGUUGCUGUGAUAUUCUGAGAUUUAUUCCUGUAUGCACUUUACUGCACUGACAUGAUUUAAAGGUGAGUUCACCCUGAGGAUGCUAUUAAAGGUCUCAGUAUUCUUCAAACAAUCCAACCUCUGUAUAUAUACACUACUGCUUAGAAAAGGGAGCUUCAUUCAGCUGUGAGUGCGACUACAAUUCACAAAAGCUGGAUUUCUCUCUCGACAGACAUUAGACAUGAUAUUUUUACAUCUAGGCCCAUGUGAAAGCCGUUUCAGAUGCUGAGGAUAAUCCGACCAGGGCUUUGUUUGAAGCAUACUGAUGCCUUAACUCUCUUUCAGGACUUCAGACACCAAAGAGUCAAGAUGCGAUAAGUAGAAAAAUAUUGUCUAAACGGUAUGUAAAGCUCAGUGUUAAAAUCUAAAGAUGUGAUGUUUUUGAAAAAGCUGAUUUUAUUUAUGAUCAUAGGCCAGGUUUGAAGAUUUCCUAAUUAGCUAAUCUCAAGUAGACCAGUUGUUGAUGAUUGUGUUUUUGCACUCUGCAGCAUUUAGACUUAACACACAGUGUGAGUCAGUAACAAGUAUACACAGAAAGAGGCGAAUGUUGUUCACACCUACAGGUUUAAUUUGUUUUUUAAUCUGUCAGGUCACAGAAAAUAACAUGUUCUCUGUCUUAUAGCUACCACAACAUAAAGAGCACUCAACAUCUUUGUCAAAACCUUUUUUCUAUCUCUGAUUGGAUAAGAUGGCAGUAUUCAGGUUGCAUACAACUCAUAUGUGUUUGUGCAAUAAACAAUGAAUGUAGAACCCCU